AGAGACAGAAGAGGAGGAUUGAAAUCUCUCAGAGUCGUUCAAAUCAAGUCGUUGAAGACAGAAGUGCACAUUGAAGUUCAAAGUGAGUCAUUAAUGUUACUUGGCUCUUGGAAGCACAGCUCGUUUCCCAUUGUGUUUGAUCCCAGACUGAGUAUGAUCAGUCUUGGUGACCACCGUCCCAUUGAGGUGGUGGAACCCGAAAGUCCGCCCGGGUCUCCACUAAUCCGUGUCACGGACACGCCCGAUCCAACAUCUCCGGCGAGUGAAAGCGGGUCACGAGGCUCUCCAGUGUCUUCUCGAACAUCUCCAAGCACGAGCCCGAGCAUCUCCCAUUCCCCAAUGCUGUUCCAGCCUUUUCUUCCGAAGCCUCAACACCAUCAGAGGUCGGCUCUUCCAUUCAGUAUCGACAAUAUUCUUAAGCCAGCCUUUGGACCGAGGCUUCUGCUCCAUAGCGUGGCUGCUCAAGUGGCGGCUGCUCAACUGAAACAAAAGGAUCUGGCCUCACAACGUCAUGGCGGGGAUACUCAUCCGGCCAAGUUGUUCCCCACCCGUACAGAUACGGCUACGAUCCCAACCCUGUCACCGGGAUCACCACCUCAAGCCACCACAACAUUGUUGAGCAAUAGGAAAAAGGACUUGAGUAGUCCCGUUGAUCUCAGCUCAAAGACCAGUGUUGAGGUCUCUUCACCAAAGUCCCCGUCAGCCUCUGGAGGCAAGAAGGACGACGAUAUUCCACCAGGCAUGGUUCGGGGUCCCAAUGGACAGCUUUGGCCCGCUUGGGUAUUUUGCACUCGUUACUCGGAUCGACCCUCUAGUGGUCCUCGAGCCCGAAAGAUGAAGAAAAAGGAGAAAUCCGCCGCUACUGGAGGCAGCUCAGUGUCCAGUAACCACAGUGGUUCCUCGUCCUCGGAUGAGAAACGACCUCGCACAGCCUUCUCUUCCGAGCAAUUGGCCCGACUCCGCAAAGAGUUUGAAGAGAACCGAUAUCUGAAUGAGGAUCGGAGGAAGAGCUUGGCCAAUGAGCUGGGCCUCAACGAGACUCAGAUCAAGAUUUGGUUCCAGAACAAACGUGCCAAACUAAAGAAGGCAUCCGGAGACAAAGGGGAAUUAGCCAAGAUGUUGGCCGCUCAAGGGCUUUAUAAUCAUGCCACUGUGUCUGUGGACGAAGACGAGUAUUCCAAUUUGUAGACGAAAGCCUCGCCUUCGAUUCCACCAUGGCUUGUCCUGUGAUAGGGAACAAUUCGACUCCGAUUGCUUCCUGCACAUGUUGUUCAAAUGUGUGUUGUUGUCAGAGUUCUACUAUAUUUUAGAUAUCAAUAACUAUCAACCAUCUAUGAUUGUCUGUACAUUAUUUAAGCUUUACAAUAAAGCUCACCAUCGUUC